GCAGCGGUCUAUAUAGUGGCACAGGAUUUCUCACCAGAUCCCGUAGAGGAAGCUAUAGCGGCGACUAGCGUGGCUAUGUACAAUAUGAUGAUGCGAAGGCAUGCACUUGGUGCUCUGAUAUUUUGGACGGCCAUGUUUUACGUCAUCCACGCUUCCGAUGAUCCAUAUGCCUACCACUGCAAGGGGCCCACGCUUGCGAUAAACAAAAAGCUGAAUGUGUCACUGGGUUGCAAAGCGACAUGCUACAACCGAAGCACAAGUGCUUGGGUUAAGGCUGGCCUGGGUGAUGGAAGAUUGUGUGCCUUUGUCGUUAACGGAAGCGGUGACGGAGACUACCUCAAGAGAACUGGGGUCUGUCGCAAUGGAUCAUGCGUUCUUGCAGAGACCAGAUCGCUCACUAAGCCCGACAACUGUCCGGCGAGGUACAUAAGAAGAAACGGCAUUAUGUUGGCUGAAAAGUGCACGGUACGUUGUAAUACGACCGACAAAUACAAAAAGCUACGAAGUGGUACAAGUUGUUUGCUCAAUUAUCAGCGAAGGGUCUCUGUCCCUGGCGUUGACAGCCUUAUUGUUGAUGGCAUUUGCAAAAAUGGACACUGUAUCAUAACUCCUCCAGCCGUUCCCUUGUUGAAGAUUGAUGUCCCAGAAGAAGGAUGCAACCAUUUAGUUGCGUCAGUGAAUUACACGAGAAAAGUUGCGUCCACGUGCAACGCAUAUUGUCCCGGUCGUGAGCAAAAGUACCAACCCCUUCGCAACCGUACCGCUUGUGCUCUGAAAACGUCAUUCGGCUGGUACAAGAGAGUUACGGAAGUCGGCGAAUGCCAGGGAGGAAGUUGCGUGAAGAAAGAUCUCACAGAAUUUCCAGAACCGCAUCGACAGGUCAGCAAUUCGUCGCACGUAUGCAAGACCGAUAAUUACGUGGCCGUGAAACCAGGCCAGAUAACUGUGGUCACGUCGUGCCAGGUCGAAUGCAGCUAUAGCGUGUUCGAGAGACGCAGCUACGGAGUCAGUUGUCUGCUGGAGUACAGUGAAACGAAGAAAGGAGAAAAGACGUACAUGUUAGGUAUAUGUUCGGGUGGGUUCUGCACUCCUGAUUUCCACCCGCGAAACAUCACAACCAAAGACUGAACGUUUAUAAAGACGGUCAUGAAUGACGAAGGAAAAAUAAAGAGAUACAUUUAACGAA